AUGUCCACUGCUGUGUACACAUCACCGAAUCGGGCCUCGGGGACGAUCAUCCCCCGACUGGCACACGAUUUCGCGAAUCAGCACUAUUCCUCGCCCACCGCGGGCAAGACGGCUUCGGGUUUGAGAACCCUCGUCACCGAAGUUGGACACCGUCGGGAAGAUGUUGGCAAGAAUGUUUCGAGUGAGGGUACGAGUGGUGGGUCCAAGACCGACAUAUUUUCCAUCACCGACGCGACGCUCGCCGAGAAGCUUCAGUAAGCCUUAUCUCGCGUUUGCACCGAACGAGGAAAGCGGCAAGAAGCUAACCAUGUCAACUCCACAGAUUCGUCACUGAAGUAGGAUUUGGAAACUGGGUAAGCUCUUCUGGACCACAGCUCUCGAGGACGAGCAUUUGAAAGCUGACCUUGCCGGGUCGUUUACUUCAGGGCUCGGUCUGGAAAUGUGUACGCAAGACAGGCUCUUCGAAAGGUGAGACUGUUGCAGUCAAGCUUGUACAUCGAUCGAAGAACCCCACGUCGUCCGCUCGAGUUCGAUCUCUGUGGACUGAAUUCAAGUAAGUUCACCGGCGGCCUGACUAUCCCGCUCGCAAUCUCUGAAAUCUGACCCCACUGCUGCCUCUGCAGGGCUAUUCGCUCUCUCCGUGGCGCGUGCCACCCCAACCUCAUCCACUUCGAAUCCUUCAUCAUCACCCCUUCCUACGCCCUCUGCGUAAUGCCGUACUACUCGCGCCUCAUGCCCGUCGCCCUUCCCGAAUCGCGCGCGCGCUUCUACUUUCGUGGUCUCCUUUCCGCCGUCGAAUUUCUUCAUGCUCAUGGGUGUUCACACAAUGACAUCAAGCCCGCAAACAUCUUGCUCGGAAGCAAUGAUACUCCUGUUCUGUGUGAUUUUGGUUUUGCGGUCCAAUACGCUCGUGAUGCACCGGAAAGGUUCCUGAGCUCGCUAUCGUGGGGUACACCCGAGUACCUCUCCCCUGAGCGCGCCAAGGGCGUACUUCACGACGAACGACUCAGCGACGUAUGGGCUCUCGGUGUGACGAUGUGGGAGAUUGUGGUGGGGAGGACGCCAUUCGAGAGGACCGAAAGCGAGGAGUUCCUCACGAGGGACGCUCUCGAGGUUUAUUAUGGUCGAACGGUCGAAGGAUCGUUCUGUGGAGAGUUCAAAGUCUCAUCUGGUGAGUGAGGUGAGUAUACAUUCCCGAUUAUGUUAUGUAUCUGAUUCAUCACGAUUGUCGCGGUCCACAGACUUUGAGGACUUGAUUCAUCACAUGGUCGAGCCCAACGUCAAACAGCGCGUUCAAGGCUGCGGUCUCGCGCUGCUGCAUCGCUUCUUCGAGAUGGUCCCCACGCCUCAGCAUUCGCCCAAAACGACUCGGUACUCUCAAGGCACUCCCAAGUCUGCUCAAACGCCGGUCAAGAACAAGACUCCGGUCAAGACUCACGGAAGCAGCUCUCGCAAGGGAACGCCGAGUCGAAAGGUCGAGAAGAGGGAUUCAAUUCAGGUGCAUCGUGAUCGCACGAGCUCGCCGUUCCGUAAGUUGAUUUGAUUCUGAAACAUAGGAACGUGGGCUGAAAAGGCCUCCUUCACUGUAACAGAGGAAAAAGCCGACGUCCGUUCUUCGUUCCCUCUGCGCCCCCUGCUCCUAGGCGAGCGCCGCGCCAAUGCUUCACCGACAACGAGCCCAUUGACGCAACCCAGCACUCCUCGACAGCGUGUCAACUCUGGGUCAAAAGCCAAGAAAGGCACCCAAUCACCUUCCACGGCGAGAGCCCAAGUCACCACAUCCAGGAUCACGUCCCCUUCCAAGAUCCCGGUUCGAGCGCCUCUGUUCGUCGCCCUCCCACGUACACCCAAUGGCCCCGCUCGAAUUCCGUCGAAGCACAAUGCUGCGCUCUUGCAUCGCACCUCGGGAGUCGCUCUGGCCUCGCCUCAAACCUCAUCAUCCUCGGAGAAGCCUCGUAGAUCCGGCUCUCAGUCGCCCCAGUCGACUGGUGGGGCGCACAAGCGCCAAAGCUCACAACCGCCAGCGAUGCCGACACUGUUCCGAGAUUUGACGACACCGAUAGAGCAACACGGUAUCCUACCUCCGGCGCCGAAAGACCAUUCGGAGGCGGAAUCUAAAUUGCAACAGAAGCAAAUUUCAUCGCCGUCCAGGGGUUCUAGCUUCGAGUCGCCUGUAUUGGCUUUUGCUGAAAGACCGAACGUCGUCGAGUCGCGAGCUCCACACGACAAAUCCAAGCGCUCGGUCUCGUUCCAGGCCUUCACGCGAUGUAAGUCAGCUUCAUGCCUUUGAGUAUUGCUCUCAACUCACAUCAACGUGAUUUGGUCAGCUUCCGCUCGACCAAUUGCAGAGGAUCGCUCUUCACCCAAAGCAGCGGCGGAUGCAUCGCCCCAGCAAACCCAACCCUCGCCGAAGCGUGGAUCGAUUUCCAUGGUCAAGAGUAAGUCGAUCCGUCUUCUCAAAGUCUUACAGGAUCGACUUGAUUCUAAGUUUUAAAUCACCCAGGACUCCGAGCCAUGUCCCUUCGCCGCACACCGUCGGUGUUCUCGUUCCGUGGGUUCAAGCCGUCAGCGAACAAUCUCGCAGCACCUGAACAGGGACGCCGAAUUUCCGCUGCUGGGUCCAUGCUGUCGGUCGGCGAUACCACUGAGUAUGGUGGAGAGCCAAGUGAGUACAAUGUCAGUGCUUAUCAUGAAGAUCAGGAACUGACCAUCGUUCGGCUGUAUCAGACCGAACAAUCGACUCGACUGCGCAUUCUUCGCUCAGCGUCGGAUCCGAGAUGUGAGCGUUUUGACAUUCAAACAGGGGCUUGUGAGCACAACGCUGAUCUGACGUUCUUUGAUGUCAGUUCUCGGCUCGAGUCUUUCUCCCGCCAUAUCCAGACCAUCAUCGACGCCGGUCGAGCCAACGAGGCCGUCUCGUCGACCAUGGUCAGGCGAUCCAUUUCGCCCAGCAGCAGCGGAUCGGACGCCGUCGAACAACUCGGUGCUGCGAUGCCCAUCUUGUCCCGAGAGGAACUCGCCGAGUUCCGAGCUCGAGAGGCCCAGCGCUCAUCGGAGUCUUUGGCGCGUCAAGACCGGUCGAGCUCGAGGCUAGUCGGAGUUGCUCCCAGACGUGUUUCGAGAAGCGCGGCUGGAGCUUCUAGCUCAAGUGCGGAUGCGAAGAGACGACCUUCGGUCAAGAUCCGUCCGUCGCUUGCUCCGUCGUUCGUUCAGAACCAGACGACUCAGACCGAGUCGGAAGAGCCGCUCGAUAGUAGCAGUGAGUUCUCCCCCGAAUCGCCACCCAGUAGAUCGCUAGAAGCUGACCCCUAUCUCAUGACUAUGCAGCUUCGUCCCGAUUCUCGGAAGACUCUUCCACCGCAUCAAUCAAAGCACCGUUAGAAGAAGACGACACGAUGAAGUUCAAGCGCGGGCAUCGACGCAUCCCGACGGCCAUUCGCAACGUCCCCUCCAUCUGCCUGACCGAGAGCGAGGACGAGUCGACCUACUCCGAAGCCGACGAGCCCGAUUCCCCUAAUAUUCCCAGCAUGGGUGUUCUCCGAUCGGUCAUCGUCGAGGAGGGUCGCCAACUUCCGACUUGGGUACCAGAACCGAUCGAGAAAGAAGACGACGGUGAUAGCGAUGAUGCGGACGUCGAUGAGCCAACAAUCACCUUGGUUCCGAGCCCCGUCAGAGGCGCGACGAGACUUCUGCGAAUGGCGAGCAGGACUUCGACGCUGAGGAAGUCGGUCAAGGGAGGGGAAGAGCCGGCGUUUGAGUAAAUUAUUCCUACCAGCCGGUCGAAGAGCCCAUUCACUGACGUCCUCGUCUUUGUCCCUUACAGAACCUGCCGUUCCGCUCCGGCAGCCCAUCGUCCGCGGAUCCUCCCCUCGAACGCGUCGCGCACCUUACCUCGAACCAACUCGUCGAACGUCUUUUCUAACCUCAUCGCCGUCCAACCCUUACAACGCUCUGUGAAGUUCCGCGAUUCCCCCUCCCCCCCUCCCACACCGACAUCAGGGGACCGCACCGAUUCCCGUGCCUCGUCCCACGCUCGAUCCCAAUCGCGAGGUCCCAGCCGUUCCCGCUCCGUCCUGUCCUUCUUCAACAGUUGGUCCAGCUCACUCUCCCGAGCUUCUACCCCUUCAUUCUCCGUCGAUAGUCUCGCCACUUCGGAUGCUUCGAAUGUCUAUCAAUCGGAGGAAGAGCUUGCUUACGAGCGGAUGAAGAAGAGUGCGAAUGCUCCCAAGGGGGCUAAACACGGCACCAAGUGGAGGAGCGCGCUCAAGAAGCUUUUCUAA